AAAGGGUCGUGGGUUCUCUCGCCUCUUGCAAAACCGUCACACUCGGUUUCAGUUUUCCAAACCCACGCCCCGCCGAAAAUCUCUGCUGAGGUACUUCCACGAUUGCUAUUAUUAGCCUCUAUGGUGUUGAAUUCUUUCUCAGUUUCAUAUCAAUUUAGUGUUCGACUGUUCGUUUUAUGUAAAAUUAUUAUGAUUCCUAAUGUUGAUGAAAUAUAUUAAAAACGUUUCAUCGGAUUGAUCUCAAUAGCAUCUGUCUGGCCGAUUCCGGAGCGUUCCUCUGCUUCUUAUAUACCUAGGUUAUUUGUGUUUAUAAAAAUUUUAAGUGUUAUAAGUUCAAUUUCUGUAUAGGUGUAUAACUAGCUUAGUAGCUUCCGUUGGAGAAGGAAUUGAACAGUGAUAAACUUGUACAGUAAAUCAAUUUUUAAUUUUACUAUAUAUUUUACUACGAUUCCUAAGAUGUGUACUUAUAUGGAGGCAAUCCUUUUGGGCAGGUUAAAUUAAAUUCUCUUGAUCUUAACUUUGAUGUUUUUUGUGCUAAACCUUUUUCAGGGAAGUUGCAUUGUUUCUCUGUUUAAACAUACAGAAGUAGUACUUGAAGAGGAAAUGGCAGGUAGUGGAGAUCAAGUUGCUGCAUUGUUAUUUUGGGGAGGUCAAGUAAUAAAGAAUGGAUAUCUCGGCUCUGUUGAUUACUCUGAACCACCAAAAACGAUGUGUUUCUUGAGUGGAAGGGGCAACAGGUAUGAAGAACUGGUGGGGAAAGUGCACACUGCAAUGAACGGUGAUGACGGGGACACAAUGUUUGACUUGUUUGGAAAGUACCCGACCACCCUUCCUGGAGGGAAAGUCCUGUUUGUUUCUAUCCCUCUAACGGAUGAUCAAUCACUGAAGUGGUUUUUGGAUGUCGCUUCACUUUCCCAGCCUGUUCAUGUGUACGUGGUUGCUGCUCCAAAGAGAAACGAUGAACCCGUGGACGACCUCUGCCAAGUUAAUAGGAAUCAGCAGCAGCUGAAUACCCCCACAGGUGCAUUGAUGGAUAUAUAUGUAAGAACCAUGUCAGGGAGGAUAAUUAACCUGGAGAUUGAAUCUUCAGACACCAUUGAGGAUUCGAAGCAUAUGAUUGAGGACUUGGAAGGUAUCCCUGUUAAAGACCAGGUGCUCCUGUUCGGCGGCAGGAAACUUGACAACAGCCUCACUCUUGCUGGCUAUAACAUCUCGCACAUGUCCACUCUAGAUCUCCUCCUCCGUCAAUGUGGUUGUUGAGAGUGCACCACACAUGCCCUCCAGCUCUUUCUGCACAAGCAGAUUCCUAAUCUGUUGCUGAUUGAAGUCAUUGAAUCUUUUACUUUUGCUAGGAGUAUUUAAUUCAGGGUUUUAUUAUGCAUUGGGUUUUAUUAUGCAUUGAGUUUUAUUUAAUCUCUAGUAUAUAUAUAUAUAUGCAUUUACAUUGUAGUGAUUCCAAUGAGAAUAUUCCUUAUUGUGAGAAGUGAAAAUAAAUCCUAAUUACUGAUUUUGUUAAAUGAUCAGCAAUUAACUAUGUGG